UUGUGGAGGGGUUGUGGUUGUUGUUCAAAUUGUUAAUAUUUAUUAACUUAAAUGUUUUAUUUUUUGAUUAUUAUUUUGAUUUUUGUUUUUAUUAAAAAAAAACAUUAUUUUGUGGUGCACUUUGUUACCCAUAUGAAAAGUGUUUUAUAAAUAAAAAUUGACUUAAUAAUAGUAUAAAACUGUGAUUCAUUUUUGAUGAUUUCAUGUGUUUAAAUAACUAUAUUGAUAUUUUAAUUCUUGUGUAUUUUAUUUGAUCUUUACCGUUUUUUUAUAUCUCCCAUAAUCAAAGGUCUCUGAUGUGAUGCUGCUCCACAGCGCCCCCCGUGGACACCGCGGGAACAGCGUGACAGACCACAGAUCGAAGCUCUCAACAGCAGCCCCGGAAAAAAAAGAGAAAAACAACUUUUCGGGGCAUUCCCCGCCUUGUGUACUUAAUACCGGGCGCGUGACCGACGUUUUGGCGGCAGGGAAAGCAGACCAGAAAGUGAAAGUUCCGGUAAACUUCUGUCUUCAACCGUUCGACGGAGUUAAAGCUCGACAGAAUCAGGAAGUCCGGGCUCGACUUUCCCCUCCGUGAUUGAGGCAGAAAGGCUGAAUGAACGCCGUCUCUGAGGCAUGACGAAGCCCCACGCGCUCGGGCGCUCGCGGUGAUCCGGUGGAUGUGGUUUAUCGCGGUGUUUGGGAGGUUUACAGGUCGCUUUGGACGUGAUAUCCAGUCGGUGGGAACACCUGGGGCUUGGCCGGAGUGAGGGAUGGAUGGCCCUCACCUCACCGAGGAUGAAAUGGCAGAAAUUAAGAAGGACGUACUGACCAGACUGCGGCACUACCUCUGUGACAAGAUCCGAGCGGAUCGCCACCUGGAUUACCUCCGGUCUCGACGCAUCCUGACCCGCGACGAUGCAGAGGAGAUCAGCUGCAGGACCACGCAGACGAAGAGAACCGCCACGUUGCUGGACAUCCUGGCAGAGAACCCGCGCGGCCUGGACGCCCUGGUGGACUCCAUCAGGGAGCUGCGCUCGCAAAACUUCAUCAUCGCUAAGAUCACAGACGAAGUGCAAAAGGCCAAAAAUGAAAAGCUGGAGUCUCUUAAAGCUGCUGGAGCCUUCGGGUCUUCGUCUGACGGCGCCUUCAGCUCGCCCAGCACAACCAGUGACCUUCCCACCACCUUCUCAAACACCUCCACCCUCUUGUUCCACCCGGAUAGCGAGCAGAGCCCCUCCACGUCCAGCGUGGGAAGCUCUCUCAAUCUACCAUCGCUACAGAAGUGUGGAGACUCCGCCUCCGGCUGCAGCAUCGGCACGCCUUCCUCCACGUCCUCGUCCAACCUCCCCAAACCAGGAGACCCCGGCGCUCCUCCUCUGCCGGACGAGGUGCUGGAGUCCCCGUCUAACAUGGACACAGCAGGACAGGGGUGCAGCAGCAGUGGAGGAGACCCCAACUUCCAGCCGCUGCGGUCCCGCUCCCUCACCCCCACGUCUCACAGGAGCGUCUUCUAACCUCAGCUCAGCGACGUGAAUUUGAAAGGACCUGCUGAUGGAACCUCCCAGUAAACAUCCCCAUCGCU